CCGCGGGUGACGGUGGCUUUCGCCGUUCGCGCCCCCUCCUCCCGCCGGGGCAGCCUGAUGCCACGUUCCCUAUGAAUUAUUUAUCGCCGGCCUAAAAAUACCCCGAACUUCACAGCCCGAGUGUAAGAGAUUCCUGCGGAGGGGAGGGGGCCCGAGCGGGAUCCGCCGGAGCGGGGGCAGUUAGUCUUGGAGGAGCCAGAACUCGGGGCCCCCACAUAUGGGGCAAGAUGGAGGGGCAGUGUCUCUCCUAGCGUCUGGGUUCAGGUUUUAGCCAGGCAGGGGAGAGGGAGGAAGGGAGGGAGACCCGACGGCAGGGGAGGGGCCACUUGUUAAGGGCAGUGGUCCAGGGCCUCUGCUCGGGAGUCUCUCACCAAGGGACAGGGGUGGCCCCUGGGUCCAGAGCUCCAGAUCUGGGAGAGGUGAUGCAUCAGUGUCCUGUAUUUGAGGAGCCUGCCAGAGAUGUGGGGAGCUCCCGGGGGACAGAAGGGUCCUAAGUGUGUGGAGGCCUGAGGCCCUUUAGUAUGCAGUGUUCCUGGGGACUGACCACUGUGACCCUCUCCCUUAGUCUUUUUGGGACCCAGGUGUUUAACAAACAUUUCUAUAAUGGCCACUUGUGAAGGAAAGGAGGCCAGAGUGGGUGAGCAGAGGGCUCUAAGACAACGUCACUGCUCUCAAGGAGCUCCAGUCCGGUGAGGGAGGGGACAUCUUGCUGGGUAACUUCCUGCCACAUGGCACAGUGGAGAGGUCACUGCAGGAGUCCAGCUUAUAGUUCCCAGGGUGUGGUACUGGGGACAGAGCUGGUCAAGGCAGGAGCCUAGGCAGGUUGGACUCUAGAGGACAGUAGAAUUUUGUUAGGAAGAGAGUGAUCCAGCCAGGGGAAAGAUAGGAUCCAGGCUCUACAGGGACAGUGGGCCUGUGUGGUCCCUGGCUGGGCAGGGCUGGAGGUCCGUGAAAGAGAAGACAGUAGGUUGGAGCCGAGUGGGGGCCCUGUACCUGAGACUAAGGUGUCCGGACUUCAUUAUGGGCAUCAGGGAGCAGCUGUCCUGCUUGUGGGGGGGCACUCAGGGGCAGAGGAAAGUUUCAGCAGCCCAGUGGGAAAGGAGGCUGGGCAGGAGGGAGGUCAGAUGAGACGGAGGAGGCCAGGGGAAGGAGUGGCUGGGCCAGGGGCUGCAUGCCACCUGGUGACCUAGUGAGACUCAAGUCUCUCUCUCCCUCCUUCCUGUAGUGGGGACUGAGCCACAUCCCCAGCUCUUUUUAUCGAUUUAUUUUAUUCUCUGAUGUUAGGUUAGAAAGAUCCCAGUACCAGUGAUGGACUGGGAGUCAGCUCAGGGUUCCACGUGCUCCGAGCCCUAGGCAGGUUGGGGCUGCCUCACUGCUGGGGAGAGCUGCUCCUAACUGAGCCAGUGGGAAGGGUCGUGGUGGUGAUAUCCAGUGCCGAGGAGGACGCAGGACAGUGUCUGCCGGGUUGAGCCAUACAGGGGAGAGUCCCGGGGUUGGCUCUGUGGCAUAUGUUCUGGUGAGGGACAGAUAGAAGAUCCCGUUUCAACUGUAGAGGGGGCUGGGUGGGUGUGGACUGUCACAGUGCUCCCUUCCUUCAUCUAGCUGAGGGGCUGUCACCCACAGGAAAGCAGGGAGUCUCUGCUGUGAGAUAGAGCCUGUGAUUAGCUCAGGCAAGAAAACCUGGCUCAGAGGGGCUGGGUGACUGCCCCAAGAGCCACACAGGUGCUCUAUCAGAUCUGGGACUUGCAUUCAGGUCUGUCUGACCUUGAACACCGUGACACACACCACACCUUGCAUGCAAUGCACUUGAACACCUUGCUGGCAUGUUCAGUGCCCCAGCCUGGAAGGCUGGGUUUCGCAAGGCUGGGCCUUUCUCACUGAACAUGCUGUUAAUGGUAGAAUGGGGGGCGGUGAGCCGCUGUCCUGGCCCCCAUUCUCCCCCAGCCCUUGCCCCUCCACUGACUUGGGGGCACUCAGCUAACCUGUCUCUUUCUCUGUCUCUGUGUCUGUCUGCACUUCUCUUUGUGGAGGGAGGUGUCUUCCCCUUCCCUGUCCCUGUCUGGAUAUGUGUCCUCUGCCCCUCACCCUCAUCUCUUGUUUGUUUGUCCAUCUGCCUCUCUCCGUGCCUAUCCUGGUGUUUCUACAGGACCCUCCAGUGGACAUGGGUAGGGCCCUGGGGCCAGCCCUGCUGCUUGCCUCGCUCCUGGGUGCCUGGGCAAGGCCGGGCCCAGGGCAAGGUGACCAGACUGUGACAGUGGCUGUGGUAUUUGGUAGCUCAGGGCCACCACAGGCCCAGGCCCGCACCCGCUUCACCCCCCAGAGCUUCCUGGACCUGCCCUUGAACAUCCAGCCACUCACUGUGGGAGUCAACAACACCAACCCCAGCAGCCUCCUCACCCACGUCUGUGGACUCCUGGGUGCUUCCCGUGUCCACGGCAUCGUCUUUGAGGACAACGUGGGCACUGAGGCAGUGGCCCAGCUCCUGGACUUCGUCUCCUCCCAGACUCACGUGCCCAUCCUCAGCAUCAGCGGGGGCUCUGCUGUGGUCCUUACCCCCAAGGCCUCCUCAGAUGGUCGGGCUGCGGACCAGGGAUACAGGGUCCACUGGGGAUGUGAUCUGAUGCCGGGCCUUUUGCGCAAUUAA